ACGGUCACAAGUAAAGCGAAGCCUCCGCGGCGCUGUGUCAUUCUCCACCGCUUUCAUGUGCUCCUUCUCUUUCCUGCUGGAUUAUAUAUUGAAGAGUCCGAUCGCUAUGUGUAUUUCUACUGCCAGAAGCUUGUAAGUGGCGUGGGAAUUUUUCGACACUGAGUGACAUAUUCAGCAGCACAUUUCCACUUUGGAACAGGACUGUACUUACGCCACAGAGGGACUCCGGUGGAUACACACCAUGAGCGAGUGGGUCUCCACUGACAAUUUGGAGGAAGAUGGGGGGCAGCAGCAGAGCUCAGGCGAGCUCGACGAGGAGCUGUGGGACCGAGUGGAGGGUGUACGGCACAAGCUGACGCGCAUCCUAAACCCUGCCAAGCUCACACCUUUUCUCCGCCAGUGCAAAGCCAUUGAUGAGCAGGAUGAAGAUGAGGUGCUCAACUCCACGCAGUACCCCCUACGUAUCAGCAAGGCUGGCCGCUUGCUUGAUAUCCUGCGGGGACGGGGCCAAAGGGGCCUCCAAGCCUUCAUGGAGUGCCUGGAAUUCUACCACCCAGGGGAGUACACCCAGCUGACAGGCCGGAGACCCACACAACGCUGCUCCAUGCUUGUUGAUGAGGAAGGCCCAGAGGGCCUGACACAGUUCCUUCUGCUGGAAGUGCGGAAACUGCGGGAGCAGUUGCGGAGCAGCCGGCAGUGUGAGCGCCGUCUGUCACAGCGCUGCCGCGUGGCUGAGGAGGAGCGCAGCCAUGCCGAGCGGCGGGUACAGGAACUGCGGCAUGACUUUCUGCAGCUGGAGAGGAUGCGCCAGGACUGGGAGGCAGGUAGUCGGGAGCUGUGUCGACUCAAGGACAGGCACCUAGAGCAGGCGGUCAAGUACUCCCGGGCCCUGGAAGAGCAGGGCAAGGCUUCAGGGCGGGAACGAGAGCUGCUGGGCCAGCUGGAAGAGCUGAAAAACAGGCUGAUGGAGGCAGAGAAGCAAGCAGAAGGCAAGACGAUCUACGCCGCACCGGUCAAGACGGAAAGCAGGGCUUCAUUCUGUCCGGUAAUCACUCCCACGGUUCCGGAGCUCCCGUGCAUCAAAACGCCCAGGGAGGCUGGCGCGGACACGCAGGCGCUGCUGGACAUACUACAGCAGGACCGCAGGGAAGCUGCUGAGCAGCGACAGGAGCUGUGCAGUACCAUAACCAGGCUGCAGGGAGAGCUGGAGAGUACAGAGGCACAUAGGGACAAGCUCGUGUCCCAGUGCGAGCAGCUCCGGGUGAAGGUGCGGACCCUGCAGCUGGACUGGGAGACGGAGCAGAAAAGGAGCGUCUCGUACUUCAACCAGAUCAUGGAACUGGAGAGGGAGCGAGACCAGGCCCUGCGCAGCCGGGACAGCCUGCAGCUGGAGUACACCGACUGCCUGCUGGACAAGGACCGUCUGCGGAAACAGGUCAUCGAGCUCCAGGCCAGCCUGGACGCACUGAAGAGGGACAGGGAGUUGGAGAGGGAGCGGCAGAAGGAGGAGGAGCUGGCCAGGGAGAAGGGCUGUCCGCACUGUUCACACUUGUGCCCAUUCAGCAACGAUCACUGCUACGAGCUCUGCUGUUCCCUGAGAGCCAGCGAGCCGGACAUGACCAUGUGUGGGAGCCCCCUGUCUGACGGCUCGCACCGCUUCCAGCGCAAGACUCGCUGCAGAGGCCAAACGAGCGAACUGUCGGAGGGUUCAUUCUCAAACUCGGAUGAGAACCUCGUGAUGAUGCUGGAGGACAGUGAAAAGGACAUCAACAGGCUGUCAACAUUUGCUUUUCCUCCCUGCGUGAAUUCCAUCAGCCGGAGGGUCAACACCGAGUUCGACCUGGACUCCUGGGGCAGUGAUGAAAAUCUUACAGCAGGGGGACAGAGUGAGAUCUCCUUGUCAGAUUCAUGUAGCUCGCUGAACUCUCACUGCUUUCCUCCUGACCUCAUCCACCUGCCCCCCAUUUCGCCGCACGGACACCAUGUCCACGCAUCUCGGCCUGAGCUCCUCUCUCCCUCGCACAACGUGGUCAAAAGAAACGUCGGCACGGCUGCCGACAUCACCAUCGUCGGGGGCAACCGCACAGGGAUAUUCGUCCAUAGCGUGAAGGCAGGGUCGCCCGCGGAGCAGUACGGCCUGAGAGAGGGCAGCGAGCUGCUGGAGCUGGAUCGAGUGCAUCUGGACGAGAACAGUAUACCGCUGAGCAAGUGCACCAGUGAGGUAGCCCACUUCUCCCUGCAGUGGUGGACAGAGCCCUCCGCUCUCAGACACCAACUCAACACCGAGGCAUACUCCCGCCUCUGCGCCCAGAUGUCCUGUUCUUCCUACACGGGUGCAGACUCCUUCUACGUGAGAGUCAACCUGGACCUGGAUGGCACCAAUGACAACACCCACCUGCAGAUGCGCUGCGACGACAUCAUGUACGUAACAGACACGCUGUACAACGGACGGUACCAGUGGCGAUGCACGCGAGUCGACACGCAGACUGCGGAACAUCUGCAAGUGGGAGCCAUGCCCAACUACAACAGAGCUCAGCAGCUGCUCCUUGUCAGGCUGCGCACCAUGACCACGGAGAAGAAGGACUGUAAGAAGAAGUCGUCCAAGAAGUGCGCCGAGCGUGUGCGACUCGUGAAGGCUGUGACCCCUAGCUGUCAGGGUUUCGGAGCUGCUCCACUGGUCCUCUUCACACUUAACCACCGUCAGGAGGAAAAUCUGAUCCCCUACAGUUUGGUGGAGCCGGUAGUGGUGACGUCCAGGCGGCCGGUUAUCUUCUCCCCCUCCGUGCUGUCCCGAGGGCUCAUCGAGAGGCUCCUGCAGCCGGCAGAUUCCGGACUGGAUUUCAACACCUGCCACCCAGAACCUAUCAGCACCGCUGACCAACGCGAUAAGAGAGUUUUCCUGCUCAGUCCACAGUCCACAGAAACGGUGUAUGGCAUCAGGGUGGAAUCCAUACAGGAUGUAAUAAGUCAGGACAAGCACUGUCUGCUGGAGUUGGGUGUGAGCAGCGUUGAAGGGCUCCUGAGGCAGGGCAUCUACCCCAUUGUCAUUCACAUCAGACCGAAGGACAAAAAGGGCAGGAAGUUCAAGAAAUUUCUUUCUGGGCACAGUGAUGAUAUGCUGAUGGAAGAGGUGUGUCAGAUGGACGAGUUUCAGCUGGAGAACCUGCCCAUGUUGCAUUACACACUCCAGCCUGGGACCUGGGGCUGCACUGAGGAGCUUCUCGCAGUGAUACGCAACGCUAUCCAUAGCCAGCAGAGGGCGGUAGUGUGGGUGGAGCCCGACAGACUGCAGUGAAUCACUCGGCUCUCUCUCUCUCUCUCUCUCUCUCUCUCUCUCUCUCUCUCUCUCUC